AUGGGAUCUCAGACUACACUGUAUUGCGCUCUGGAAGAGGAUUUGGACGACGAGACCGGAUAUUACUACGACAAUUGUCGGCGAAUUGAUUAUAUGAUACCCGAAGCCAAUGACGACAAGACCGCCAAAGCUCUCUGGAUAUUGAAGUUGUCUCAAUUGGAGUCCAAAGUGGAUAUCCUUAUCAAUAACGCAGGGGUUAUGGCGUGUCCUGAAUGGCAGACAGAGGACGGGUUUGAGAUGCAGUUUGGGACCAAUCAUCUAGGUCACUUUCUGUUAACAUUACAUUUGGUGCCAUUACUGAAGAAGUCAUCGGCGGCUCGUAUUGUAAACGUGUCUUCAGGUCUCCAUAAUUUCGGAGAAAUCCAUUUAAAUAACAUAAACCUCCGAAACGGUGAUUAUCACCCAUUCUUCGCCUACGGACAGAGCAAACUCGCAAAUGUCUUGUUUAGCCGGGAGUUGGCUAAAAGAUUAAGACAUACCUACAUCAACACUUAUUCAUUACAUCCCGGUGUCAUUAACACGGAUUUGAGUAGACAUUUUGGGGAAACCGAUGAUAAACUAAAAGGAAAGGGAUUUAUGAGAAGAAACCUAUUUUUGACACCUUUCAUGGGAUCUCAGACUACACUGUAUUGCGCUCUGGAGGAGGAUUUGGACGACGAGACCGGAUAUUACUACGACAAUUGUCGGCGAAUUGAUUAUAUGAUACCCGAAGCCAAUGACGACAAGACCGCCAAAGCUCUCUGGAAACUGAGUGAAGACUUUGUCAAACUUGAAGAUCAUCUCAGGAUUUAA